UGUUAAGAGACCAAUGCAUGACGCCGAAACCAAAAGGAACCCAAUACGAAGAUUCCUUUCACCAGGUUCGGCUGAAGGUCAUGUAGCCUUCUAUGCUUAUAUAUCAAAAGACUUCGGUGGAGUUGGUGUUGAUCACGUUUUUCUCUAUGAUACUGUGGUUACGAAUUACGGGAACGCGUACAACAAACACACCGGAGCUUUCAUGGCGCCCGCCACGGGAGUGUAUGCAUUUUCCUACACCAUCUUUGCUGCCGGUGAACAUGUUGCUGGCGAGACUGGAGAUUACGGUGAAGUGUCUGUCAAACUAGUUCGUAAUGGUGUGUAUAAAGGUUCCAUUUAUGUUGACACUGAGACGGAAUGGGAAGAAGAAAUGUCAACGGGAUUUGCCAUCCUCAUGUUGCAAGCUGGAGACGUAGUAUUGACGAAGACAACACAUACAGGAGAAGGUUCUUUUCACAGCAACGAGUCCGGAAGAUGGUCCUUUGCAAGGUUUCAGAUAGCUUAAACAAUAUAUU